ACAUACAAUUUAUGGACAAGAUGGCGUCCAAUGUCAAGCGUCUGCUGUGUCAAGUUUACAAUAAAGCAGGUUCAUUGAUAUUGCCUGGAAGACAGUACAGUUCAGAUGGACGGAGGUUGGUGACAUUGAUUCCAGGAGAUGGGAUUGGGCCUGAGAUCUCGGCUGCAGUUCAGAAAAUCUUUGCAGCUUCAGGGGCACCCAUUGACUGGGAAGAAGUAGAUGUUACUCCAGUGAAAGGGGCAGAUGGAAAUUUUCACCUACCAAAGAAGGUUUUUGAUUCAAUGGCAGUCACAAAAGUGGGACUUAAAGGACCCCUGGCAACACCCGUGGGCAAAGGUCAUCGUUCUUUGAAUCUUGCCUUGAGAAAAGCAUUCAACCUGUAUGCCAAUGUUCGACCAUGCAGAUCAAUUGAAGGAUUUAAAACACCUUAUGAAGAUGUAGAUCUGGUUACAAUUAGAGAGAAUACUGAAGGAGAAUACAGUGGCAUUGAACACACUAUUGUUGAUGGUGUAGUACAAAGUAUUAAGCUGAUCACUGAGCAAGCCUCCAUGAGGGUGGCAGAGUAUGCAUUCAAGUAUGCCCGAGAUAACAACAGAUCCACAGUCACUGCUGUACACAAGGCCAACAUCAUGCGAAUGUCAGAUGGUCUUUUCCUGAAAUGCUGUCGGCAUGUGGCAGAGAAUAAUAAGGACAUAAAGUUUCGUGAGAUGUACCUAGACACAGUGUGUCUCAAUAUGGUACAAGAUCCUACACAGUUUGAUGUGCUAGUGAUGCCAAACUUGUAUGGAGAUAUUUUAAGUGAUCUGUGUGCGGGUUUAAUAGGAGGCCUUGGUGUCACUCCGAGCGGAAAUAUUGGGGAAACUGGUGCCAUCUUUGAAUCUGUACAUGGAACAGCCCCAGACAUCGCAGGCAAGGACCUCGCCAACCCUACGGCCCUGCUGCUGAGUGCUGUGAUGAUGCUGCGCUACAUGGAGAUGGGCACCUACGCCAGCAGGAUUGAAACCGCUGCAUUGUCAGUUAUCAGAGAUGGGAAGACCCUGACUGGUGAUCUGGGAGGGAAAUCCAAAUGCUCGCAAUUCACUGAGGAAAUUUGUCGGCGACUCAAAGAAUCAGAAUAAGCGUGCAUUUAAUUAAACUUAGUAUGCUUUUAACCCUAUUGUUAUGUUAAAGGUUCACCGAUUUAUCCAGUUUGGCAUUAAGUAUUUAGAAGCAAUGAAUUUUGUAUGUGUUUUAGCAGUAAUUAGUAAUGUUUCAUACAUGUUUGAAACAUACAUGUAGUAUAUAUUUGAAACAUUGUAUUAGUGUUUAGAACAGAAUCUCAUGCAAAAGUCAAGAAAUUUAUGUUGAACGCUUUUACAUUAAAAAUAUGGUAAACACAAUUAGGAUGAAAUAUUUUAAUCCAGAGAGACAACUUGUAGAAUCCAUCUUUAAUAUUUAAGCUCUUAAGUUUAAGUUUUGCUUUUUAAUCACAACUUGUAUGCUCUUUAAUAUAACAGUUCUAAUUAUUAAUUGUUGACUGCAAUAUUUUGUGUUCAAAAUUUAGUGAAGAUAUUGUUGUUGAUGUUGUUUCCGAAUACUUAUAAAUUUCCCCUUACAA